AUGUUUGCAAAAAGUUCAAAUACAUUUGUCAAAGUUAUAGAUUCUCCAACACGAAGAAGACGACCAUCCGAUGUUAAAAGAGCUAUACAUGCACAUUUUACAGAACCACCAACUAUUUUUAAAAAUUAUCCAACAUUAAACAAUUUUUUUGAAAGAUUGUAUUGGAGUAUUAGAACAGCACAAUAUAAAAUUUGUUAUGAAAGUAAAGAUGGUGAAUUUGAUUCAACAAUAGAAAAUUCUUUACUUGAAACUUCUGUAAGACCACCUAAUAUAAAAGAAUUACAACAAAAAACAUCUUAUCUAUUUUCUGAAAAAUGGAUAAAGUAUAUGUAUGGGCGUUUCAAGAAUGAAUGUCCUAAUGGACGAAUGAGUAUAGAAGACUUUAAAAAAUUAUUUGGUUGCUAUGUACCAACAGAAAGAAUUACGGAUGCUUAUCUUGAAAGAUUAUUUUUAGCAUUUGCUAAAACUAAAACAGAUAAUAAAGAUGAGUAUAAUAUUAAAAAGACACUUUCAUUUGAAGACCUUCUUUGUGCUCUGGCAACAUUACAUAAUUUUACACCUCAAUCAUAUGCAUCAUGGAUGAUGAAUUUAAUUAAUAAAGAAGAUAAUGAAACUAUUACAUUAAAAGAAUUUACAGAAUUUGUCAAGUCUGUCUACGAAUUAAGUGGUAAAAAAGUUAAUAAUAAUAUAAAUAUAAUACAUUAUCAAGCCUCAAAAAUGUUUAAUGAGUUAGAUGCAGAUGGAGAUGGAUUAAUAACAUAUGAAAAUUUUCAAAAUUCAUUUAAUAAAUCUAAAAUGGUUAUACCACAAUCACACUAA